AUGGCAGCGUGGCGUCGCCACGGCGUGUGCGUGUCGCGCUUCCUUAAGCGGCGCGGUCAUGGCGGAGCGCGGACAGCAGCCUCCUCCCGCGAAACGGCUCUGCUGCCGGCCGGGCGGCGGCGGCGGCGGGGGCAGCAGCGGCGGCGGUGGCGGAGCGGGUGGCGGCUACAGCUCUGCCUGUCGGCCCGGCCCGCGGGCGGGCGGCGCAGCGGCGGCGGCGUGCGGGGGCGGCGCGGCGCUGGGGCUGCUGCCGCCGGGCAAGACCCAGAGCCCCGAGUCGCUGCUGGACAUCGCGGCGCGCAGAGUGGCAGAGAAGUGGCCGUUCCAGCGCGUGGAAGAGCGCUUCGAGCGCAUUCCGGAGCCGGUGCAGCGCCGCAUAGUCUACUGGUCCUUUCCCCGCAGCGAGCGGGAGAUCUGCAUGUACUCGUCCUUCAAUACCGGCGGCGGCGCCGCGGGCGGCCCCGGCGACGACAGCGGCAGCCCGGCGGCGCGGGCGGCGGCGCAGGAGGUACGGGCGGCGGCGGGUCCUCGUCCUCUCCGGCUGCCACCUCGGCCGCCGCCGCCGCCGCCGCAGGGGCCGGGACUCCGUCGGUGGGGGCUGCCGGGGCAGCGGACGGCGGCGAGGAGACGCGGCUGCCCUUCCGCCGGGGCAUCGCGCUGCUGGAGAGCGGCUGCGUAGACAACGUCCUGCAAGUCGGGCUUGUAAAGUAGAAGAUACUUGACAAAGGCGAGAAGGACUUGUGAUUUAAAGCUGCACAGCUCUCCUUUCUCUGAUAGACCAUGGGAGUUUUCUCAGAAACCCAGUUUAAAAGCUACCGCUGCUCCUCCACCUCCAAAAUGGUUUUCUUUUUCUUCGUCCAGAUAUCUACCAGCAGUAGCGAUGGGAAUGUUUGAACUGCACUGAAAUGAACAAUGCUGUGGUGAAACUCUCCUUCCCACUUUUUUCUUCUGAUUAAAUGGCAUAUUUUCCUAUCCCCUCCCAUGUUAGGAGUAGUUGAAAUAGACCAAAUGGAUAAGGAUAGAUUUGGUGGAAGCAUCUCUUAGAUUUUUAACUUAGUUUUUUUUCUUUCUGUAGUCAGUUUCUUUUAAUCUUCUGUUUGGGAGCAGGAAGGGGGGUCUGGAUAGUGGCCUCAAAAGAGAAUUAAGAUUUGUUUUAAUCCUGUCUGGUUAAUUUGAAUUCUAAUACAAUCUGCAGACGUGAUUUUCUGCAUGGUCAUUUAUUUCCAAAGGCAGCCCCAGUGUUGCCUUUUCUGUGCUCAGCACCCUUUCCUUCUGUCUAGCGAGGGGCUAGCUUUUCAGGCUCCCCAGCCUUUUUUUCUUUUUUCUCUUUUUCCCUUUUAACAUCUAAUUAACAUUCUUUCAAGUUAUAUCUUUUUUUUCGGUUUUGUUUUUUGUUUCCUGCCGGAUUGAAACGGAUUGACGCAUAUCUAUGGCCUCUCAGUGUAACAAACUUAGAGUCUGCAGAUUUUUAUGGCUUGGCUGGCAGUGUUGAGUUUUUUUCCCCCCUCUGUGCUUGACUCUGCUUGCAAGCAAUGAGGAAUGACAGGAGAGCACAUAGGGAGGGUUUCUUGGCUGAUUGCAUUUAAGCCAGGAAUUCACUGUGAAAAUAAAGCCAAGGGGUGAUAAAUAAAAGAUGCAAUCUUCUCUAGGAGACAGACACACAGCGUGGGCUUUGCCUGCUUUCAUCAGUGGAAGAGGCCUGGGUGGGUAGUUGUAAAAGAAAAUAGUAACUUUUUGAAUAGUCCCCAAAGGGGAAGGAGGCCACUGAAUGGAAUUGGCAGCGGUUGAUGUGAAGUAGUGUGAUGCUUCUAGUGUAGUUUGAGGAGUUGACCACCACUUCGGAAACACACACAUACGUGCUAGGCAAGUGCUGUAAAAAUUGUGGAAAAUACUCUUUCUUGCCCUUUGAGUUCUGCCAGUUUUCUUAACUUCCAAGCUGUAUUAUUUGAGCCAGUCAGUUUAGAGAUGGAAGGCUGUUAAGUGCCUGGCAGCUGGCACUGUGAGAUAGAAAACUUAAGACCAGGUCUUCUCACCCCUCCCCCCAUGGGGUACUGGAGAGAGGGUGGCUAGAUUAAGCAUCUAAUUUAGCUUUAAGUGGUUUGAAUCUGUAUACUAACUCACAAGGUUUGUUUUGUGUUUGUGAUUUGAAGUAGAAUUUUUUUGUUUCAGAACCAGUAAAGGAAAAGAACAAAAUAUUGUGUUGAUAGCACCAUAGGCAGUUUUCUGCUAUUAAAAAUUACAAGUUUGUUUAUACAGGAAGUAUUCACUGACUUUAGAGAUGACUAAACUGUAGCUACAAUAGGAAAACCUAGUUGGUGUCCUUUAUUAAAAGUACAUUUAUGCCGGUGAGGAUUAUGUAAGGAUUGAGGAGCAGAGAGCGAGCCUCCUUGGUAGAGUUUAAGAAGAAAUUUAGGAGUAAUUAAAUCUUUUUUAUACUACUUGUAAGCCAUAUGAGCUACCCAUCAGUGGGCCGUAAGAAAAUUUUUAUAGAAAUGUAGUCUUUUUCUUUUUGGUAAAAUCUCAGAAGGGAACUGUCUCUGAAGAUGCUGGUAUUACAUCAUUAAGUAGUAAUUUAGAAGUUAAUAUAUAAACAAUUUCCCCCAAUUUUUGUCUAAGAACUUGUCUUAUGUGAACUUAAAAUUAAAUUAUGAAGGAUACAUUUAAUUGGAUAAAAAUCAAAUGUCUGCAGGGCUGAAACACUAUAAACCAGAAGUAGCUAACUGGGACAAAUAUUUAUAAUAUGUUUGACUAAAG